GUACCUCUUUCCAUCUCUUUCCCCUCCUUCCCAUUAAUAUUCCACCGUUUUUGGCAACGACGAUAUACUUCAAUCUAUCAAGAGAAAUAGAGUUGGCAAGAAGCAACAGCAGUAUUGAUCCUGAUUUAUUAUCUAUUUUGAUAUUAUAGAACUACAAUAUCGAUAGCGAUUUGGGCAAAUAUUGGAAUACAACAGGCCCUAGAAGACCACGUACUCAGUUAUCACGGUCUAGCAUUGAGAAAGCACCUAAUCCCACAGAACGUACUGUGUCAGGAGAAUCAAGCCUAGACUCUCUAACACCCUCAGAAGAAUCGAUUUCAGAUUUCGAGGACACGGAUCAAGAAGAUACUGAAUCCAACACAGUCAUGGGUCCAAAUCUUCAAGAUACACCAAAACGAAAAGCUGGUACAGAAGAGUCGCUCUCAAAUUCCCAAAAUGCGCCAAAGCGAAAGGCUACAGAGGAGCCCCCUAGUUUUCCCGUAUCUUCCAAAAAGAUGAAAAUGAGUGAAACCGAAUUGACCGAAAAUUUAAAGAAGGCGAAUGCAGAACAUCCUGCCAACAUCAACAUUAUACCUUUUCCAGAAAAACCCGCAGUGAUCGAAGAACGAGAGGGUGAAAUUGAUUUUCGAGUUGUUAAUAAUGACGAUACGAAUGAGAGUACUAUAAUUCUCUCGGGACUGAAAGGUAUUUUUCAAAAACAAUUGCCCAAAAUGCCAAAGGAAUAUAUUGCUCGUCUGGUCUAUGAUCGGAAUCAUUUAUCUAUGGCGUUGGUAAAGAAAGCAACACUGGAAGUAUUAGGAGGGAUAACAUAUCGACCAUUUGAUGAUCACGAGUUUGCGGAGAUUGUUUUUUGUGCUAUAUCAUCCGAUCAGCAAGUCAAAGGAUAUGGUGCGCAUCUCAUGAACCAUCUCAAAGAUUAUGUCAAAGCUUCUUCCAAAGUCAUGCAUUUCCUCACCUACGCCGACAAUUAUGCCAUUGGAUACUUUAAGAAACAAGGAUUUACCAAAGAGAUUACUCUACCGAAACCUCUCUGGAUGGGUUACAUCAAAGAUUAUGAAGGUGGAACAAUCAUGCAUUGUGAAAUGGUUCCCAGAGUUCGUUACCUUGAGUCAAACCGCAUGAUCGUUAAGCAAAAGGAGGUAGUCAAUGCGAAGAUUCUCGCCUUUAGCAAAUCAGACGAAGUCCACGCACCACCCAAACAAUGGAAAAAUGGCGCUUUUCCAAUCGAUCCCAUGUCUAUCCCCGCCAUCCGCGCCUCUGGUUGGACACCCGCCAUGGACGAAUUAGCUCGUCAACCUCGCCAUGGACCGAAUUAUGCACAACUUUCUCGCCUUUUGAGUUCGCUCCAAAAUCACCAGAAAGCUUGGCCAUUCAAAGCUCCUGUCAAUGGAAAUGAAGUUGCAGAUUACUACUCGGUAAUUACGAACCCGAUGGAUUUUGAAACCAUGGAAAGAAAACUCGAUCAGGAUUCAUAUGAGAAGCCAGAAGAUUUUGUCGCCGACGCAACGCUAGUUUUCUCCAAUUGUAAAAAAUACAACAACGAUUCCACGCCAUAUGCAAAGUGUGCAAACAAGGUGGAAAAAUACAUGUGGAGUCUCAUCAAAGAAAUUCCAGAGUGGUCUUAUCUUUUGGAUAAUUAGUCAAUUGAUGUGAUGUAUUUGGUUGAACUUCAGGCGUUGUUGGGUUUGAACUAGGAAAGCGAAAAUUUGCAAAUAGAACGGUAUGAAGACUAUGAUAGGAAAUAACAUGGACAAGUUAGAAUAAGAUGGAUUGGAAUGACGGAGUAUGGGAUGGAUGGGAUGGGAUGGAUAGGUUUGGAUAAACCAAUUCCCUUGAAUAGACAGACGUUUGAUAUUUUAUAAUGUGGAAAUUAAGAUAAACACAAACAGCACGAUACCUA